AUGUCCAUAGAAAGAGUUCAGUACAGUCACAACAACACCAAUUAUAGAUGUUCAGCAUCGCCAAGAGAUGGUUUGGAGCCUCCUGUUUCAAGUGAACCUUUCAAGCUCGUUGUGCUAGAAAUCCCUGUUUCCUCCAUCACCAUCCAUUCUCCUCCACCACCCUUCUACAGUGGAGACACAGUCACCCUGAGGUGUGAAGUACAGGUCCUGACACCUUCACUGACUGCAGCUCCCCAGAGUCCUGUGUUCACUGGAGAGACAGUCACUAUGACGUGUGUGAUAGAGUCUCACAAUGGCUGGACAUUUAAGUGGUAUAAGGAACAAAGCAGCGUCUCAGUGUCUGAGGGAAACACCUUCACCAUUACAAGUGCUGCUGCGUCUGAUGAGGGCCAGUACUGGUGUCAGGGGGAGAGGAGACAAAGACCCACAACAUCACAAAGCAGCAGGAGCAUUGAUAUUCAUGUAAUGGUGCUGCCAACACCUACACUGACCGCAGUCCACCAGGCUCCUCUGUACACCGGAGAGACAGUCACUAUGACGUGUGUGAUAGAGUCUCUUGGUGGCUGGACAUAUCAGUGGUAUAAGGAACCAAGCAGAGUCCCGGUGUCUGAGGGAAACACCUUCACCAUUACAAGUGCUGCUGAGUCUGAUGAGGGACAGUACCGGUGUAAAGGGGAGAGGAGAGACAGGUCCACAACAUCACAUCAGAGCAAUUCAGUUUCUGUUGAGGUGACAGCCCUACCUAGACCAACACUGACUGCAGUCCCCCAGAGUCCUGUGUUCACUGGAGAGACAGUCACUAUGACGUGUCGGAUUGAGUCUCACAAUGGCUGGACAUUUAAGUGGUAUAAGGAACAAAGCAGCGUCUCAGUGUCUGAGGGAAACACCUUCACCAUUACACGUGCUGGUGAGUCUGAUGAGGGCCAGUACUGGUGUCAGGGGGUGAGGACAGGCAAACCCACAACAUCACAUCAAAGCAAUUCAGUUUCUGUUAACGUGACAGCUCUCCCCACAGCCACAGUCACCGUUGAGCCCCAGACAGGCGUGUUCCCUGGAGAGACAGUCACUUUGAGGUGUGAGAUAGAGACACACAGUGACUGGAUAUAUAAGUGGUACAAAGAUGAGAUUGACCAUAUAGUGUUUGAGGGGAAGAUCUUAAACAUUACAGAAGCUUCUGACUCUGAUGGAGGCCAGUACUGGUGCCGAGGAUGGAGAACACAAAGACCCACCUCGUCACAGCUCAACAAUGGAGUUUAUGUUCAUGUGAAGGGCACGUUAGCCAGUCAACUUCUGAUGGGUUUGGGUGUUGCUGGUGGACUAGCUGGUGGAUGGGUACUCACAAUCGUCCUUCUGAAAUUUGCACUGCGCUGCAGCCGAAAACGCUCAGACCAAGUGGCCAGCCCCUCCCCUAUGUCUUUAACUACCUUCAGUGGUCAGACUGAAAGUAACAGUAAAGACCAGUCUGAUGAAGUGAUGAGUACAGCGUAUUACAGACUGUCCCUGACCAAUAUGGGUGACUCAUGCCACCCCUAUGAGCUUGUGGAAUGAAGCACUCCCCAGAAGAACUUAAGGGCCACUGUUCCGAGACGGACUUGUAGACCAGAACCUGAGGGCUCUUCACUUUAAUAAGAUUUUUUUAUUAUUUUACUGAAGUGCUUUUAUGACAGCUUGUGUGGUUUAUGAGAUCGUGAGCACUCUCCUUUUAGACUUUUAUUCCAUUUAAUUUAAUUUCUCUUUUCCAGAUUUUUUUUCAUUUUAUAGUGUCACGUGUAGGAUACGUGAGUAGUGACAAUGAAAGGUCAUUUUCACACCUCUCACACCCUAUCCUAUUUUGUUGUUUUGCUGUAGUUGCACUUCUUCGUGUUGUUCAUAUUGCCUUACUGCAGGGGUCCCCAAACUAAGGCCCGGGGGCCGGAUACAGCCCGCCACGCCCGUUUGACCGGCCCUCCACCUCUCUGCACCUCACCAUUUGAACUGGCCCAAAUCCUCACAGAAAAAAAAAUGAUGAAAUAUUUUUUAAAUAUUUUAUUUUGUUUAUCAACAGGCCUUCCUACAGUUUAAUUUUCACUAACCUAGUGUGAAUCACCAGAAGUGUCUUGUCUUGAUAGUUUCUCAUCUCACUGUAAUAUAAACAGGCCUACCAUUUCUACCGUAUCACUCAUAAACUGUCAAUCACCAUAUUUUUCUAACCUUUCCUUGCUAUUUUUACAUGGUUAUUAGAAAUUAAAAGGAAUACCUGUGGUAUUUCAAAUUGAAAAACAUGUGAAGUACUCACUUCUUUUGCAAAUCACUUGUAAUGAUAAAAUAUUUUGUGCUAGAAAUGAUGGCUAUAACAGGCAGUGGCCUAGUAUACAGCCCACAUGAUUGAUCCCGGCCCCUGAUCACAGUCAGGAACGAUAAUGUGGCCCCCAGAGAAAAAAGUUUGGGGACC